AUGGAGGCGGUCGCAAUGUCGCCGUCAUCCGUCUCCUCCCACACCCACACCCACGACGACCAUGACGUCGCCUCCGGCACCGAGGACAUGUCCUUGCAGGAAGGCCUCCUCUUCUCCGACACCCUCAAGGACCUGAGGAAUCUGCGGUCACAACUGUACUCAGCGGCAGAAUAUUUUGAAGUAUUCUACCGAAAUAAUUCGCACAAAUCUACGGUCAUGACGAGUUUGAAAGAUUACACAGUUGAGGCCGUUGUUAGCACAGUGGACCAUCUGGGUUUUGUGUCAUACAAGGUGGAUAAUCUUGUCAGCGAGAAAGCUGAUGAGGUUAACGAAACUGAAUUUCUAGUGUCUUCAGUUGAACAGAGGGUUCGAAUUUGCCAACAGACAACUGACCAGGAAGGAAGAUCUCAACAAGCUCUUCUCAUCAAGGCGCCAAAGUACCAUAGGCGUUACAUAUUACCAGGCCUGGAUCUAUUGGAAUCUUCCAUUCACCCGGUUUCGGAACCUCCAUGGUAUAACAGGCAAUAUACAAGUCGCAAAAUGCACAAGUCUCAGUCUUCCAUUUCUACUCCAGUCUGUCGGCAGACUACGAUGAGGCGUGCUCGUGAACCAUCUCCUACACCUAACGAUGCAUAUCAUCGGUCACGGUCCUUGUCACCUUCUCGGAAGGCACGAGCUAAAUCUCUAUCUCCUCAAAUCGUGAACACAAACACUACAAAAGAAACAAGGGCAGGCUUGCCGAUACCAAAUUCUAAUCCUCUGGCACGGUCUGCUACAGUUGCAAGAAGACCGCCAUUGAACUCAAAGCAUUUGAGACAAACUUCGAUGCAGUUGCACACCGACUGGGAUCAGCACAAGGAACAGGAGAAAAGCUCAAGCAAAGGGAGGGGUUUCCUCAAGUCGCUGCUCACGAGGCGCCGGUGGAGGAACGAUGAGUCGUUGUACAGUUACUUGGAUGAGUACUGA